GUCCAGAAAUUAUUUUAAAACUUCUCAGUACCUACUGGCAGGAGUCGUUUACCUCCACUUUUAGACACGUUAUGCAGAAAUUAAGGGAGGUCUUCGAGCUAAACCCUGACUUAGAGCUUCUCUUCUAUCCUACUGUGAACGAGUUAUCCGGUUUAGCCGAGACGAUUCGAACAUUACGUAUUCAAUACCAAAACAACAUCAACAACAAUGAAAUUGCUUUUCGUCUUGCCGUUGCCUUGAUUUCCCACUCUCGGCUUUCCUUUGUGGAGGAGGGUGUGCACAUUAUGGAGAUUCUUAUUUCCACACAGUGGCAGAACCGUUGGCGAAAAGCCUUCGUUCAACAAUCGGAAUUAUCUCCAACGCCAACUCCAUCGCCAUCUUUCAAAAACGACAAAAACAAACCAGCCAUUACAGUUCAAGAUGAGCACUCGGAGGUUGGAAGUGCACUCACGAAUAGUAUUCUUAAGGACUGUGAGAUUUCUUCUGCCAAAUGGAGCAUGUUAGACGGUGUAGUGAGUGAGGAUCACCCAUGCAUUGAUCUGCAGUAUGGGAUGCGGUGUGCGGAAAAUCCCCAAACACCAUCCUCCGAGUCCGAAAUCGGCAAGGUAACGAACAAGCCCUCGGAUAACACGGGGGACGUACUGAGCCGUUCACAGCGUAAUGAUGACUUGCACGUUUUUCACUACUAUCUGACGCUGGGAUGGAUUAAACUCAAGGACCUGAAGCGAGCGAGCACGUGUAUUACCCAAAUGCUAAUCCUAGAGCCCAGUAAUCGCCAAGGCCAGGCACUUAGAACGUAUAUUCAAGCCGCACAACGCCAGGAAACGGCAAAGCAUACAACAAUGAUAGUUGGUCUGAGCACAGCAUUGACAGGGAUCGCAGUAGCCUUGAGCGCUUUUCUGCGUGGGAGAGAACCCUCUUGAGAACAUAACCGGUCUCCUUACCAUUUCUAUUUCUCUCCCCUUCUCCCUCCCCCCCCCCCCCAAAAAAAAGAGCUUAAGUCUGAAACAUCAGUACUUUUUUUGCUCAUUUACAUAUUUCGAUUAAUAUUAUUUUAUUUACCCAAGUCUCAUGCUUAGAAUAAUAAAAAGAGGCAAAAAACUGAACUCUUUCUAUAUUUACAAAGGGAGAACGAUUGGCUUCAUUGUUCGAAUAUCAUUUCGUAUUUCCACCUUUUAAGGAAAGAUGUGGAUGAAAAGGGAUUACUUUUUUUUCUUGAAUGUUUCUAGUUGUGCUAUAAAAGAAAACAUAUAUAUAUGUGCUUGCUUUUUAUUUGUUCAUAUUUCUAUAGGUGAAAAUAAAAA